UACGACACAUCCAUCUUUAAAAUAUAUUUUUAUAAAAUUUAAAAAUAUAUUUUUUGGAUGCAAUCUUAACAACGUAGACUUUUUAUUAUAUUUUUGUUUUAUUCUCUUAGUGAUUUGGACUUAUGCCGGUGAAAUAUGCUUGCCUCAGUUGCCAGGGUCCGCUGGCCGGUCCCUGCGGCCCUAAUGCAACUCGUGUGGGAGGAUGCGGCGUGGGACCCUGCUGUGUUCACGCGAUAGGUGCUAAUUGCAAGGCACCUUGUGGAGAGGCUGGCUGUAUUCAUGGAGCGCGCGGAGGAGUUGCCGGGUCAUACUUCAGCUGCGGGCACGGAUGCAUUGGCGGCUGUAUCGGUGGAGUCUGCGGGAACUGCUGUGGUCCUUCGUGCGGUUGAAUCGUACGAUGUCUUUGUAAAAUUCUAGUGUUUAAUAAAGUCCAUACCUACUGGUA